AUGGAUCUGCUUUCGACUAUCCGCAAAACCGGCUCCAGAGGUGGCGUAAACUUUAGCUGGGACGAGGUCGCCAACUCCAGUCACCGCGAAAACUAUCUCGGCCACAGCCUCAAGGCUCCAGUUGGGCGAUGGGCCAAGGGCCGAGAUUUGAACUGGUACGCCAAAUCGGACGCCACGCCGGCGGAAUCCGCCGAGACAGACGAAGAGCGCAGAGAUCGAGAACAGAAGGAAGAACUGCGCAAGAUUAAGGAGGCCGAAGAAGACGCAAUCGCCAAAGCAUUGGGUUUACCGCCGCCUCUACGGAAC